AUGGAUUCAGUGAGAUUCCAAAGGAAAAAGGGAAAUCCCAGACAACCAGCCCGGACAACAAAUAAGAUCAAUUCUACAGGAUGCGGCAGAUGCGGAAACUCAACAGCACAUCCACGAGACAAGUGUCCCGCCCGAGAUGCCAAAUGUCAUAAAUGCGGUAUCAAAGGACAUUUUGCUAAAGCGUGUCGAAAGGCCAACAUAGCAGAAGUUGACAGGAGUCCCGGGGACAGAAGCGAAUGGUUCCUAGGAUCAGUCGACAGCAAACGAGGAGAUCCGUGGAUGACGAACAUAAAAAUUCGUGGCCACACUGUGAAAUUCAAAAUUGACACAGGCGCAGAUGUGACAGUGAUACCUGAGUCCGAAUAUAAACAGAUAAAAGGAAUCAAACUUUUGCAUGUGAACAGAUCAUUGCAUGGACCAGGGAAUACAAAAUUAAAUGUGUUGGGAAAAUUUCUAUGUGAGCUAGAGUCAAAAAGUGUGUUCAGUGUGCAAGAAAUUUAUGUUGUGAGAGGAUUGAGUCAGGCACUACUAGGUAGACCAGCGAUCAUAGCACUGCACAUCAUUGAAAAGGUAAAUAUUGCGUCUGUCAACGCGAAAAAUGUUCAAACACCAAAAUCUGAAGAAUAUUUCCGAGAUAAGUUCUCGACGGUAUUCAAUGGGCUGGGGAAAAGUAAAUGGAAAUACAAAAUAAACUUGAAAGAAAACUCUAAGCCAUAUGCAUUGUCGUCACCUCGCAAAGUGCCAUUUGCACAAAGAGACAAGGUCAAAGAGGAGUUAGACAGAAUGCAAAAUUUAGGAGUUAUUUCUAAGGUCGAUGAGCCUACUGAAUGGUGCGCUCCAAUGGUCAUUGCCCCCAAACCAAAUGGUCAAGUAAGAAUAUGUGUAGACCUGAAAAAGCUAAACGAAUCUGUUAAAAGAGAAAAUCACCCCCUCCCAUCAGUGGAUGAGUCUUUGUCCAAAUUAUCAGGAUCAAAAAUAUUCUCAAAAUUGGAUGCAAACUCAGGGUUUUGGCAGAUAAAUCUAGCACCUGAAUCACGGCUGCUCACAACCUUUAUCACGCCAUAUGGGAGAUUCUAUUUUAAUAGACUUCCAUUUGGGAUAAAUUCAGCCAGUGAGUUCUUUCAGAAACGAAUGUCUGAAAUCCUUUGUGGAAUAGAAGGUGUACUAUGUCACAUGGAUGACAUUCUUAUAUUUGCCACAACUCAAGGUCAGCAUGAUGCAAUUCUUGAAAAUAUAUUAAGCAUUCUCAAGGACAAUGGUCUCACUUUGAACAACAAGAAAUGUGAAUUCUCAAAGUCAUCAGUAACAUUCUUGGGUCAUGUCAUUGAUGAAAAGGGCAUCAGAGUAGAGUCCCAAAAGGUCAAAGCGAUAUUAGACAUGAGAAAGCCAGAAAACGUGUCUGACAUACGUAGAUUCUUAGGUAUGGUGAAUCAGCUUAACAGAUUUUCACCAAAGCUGGCAGAGAGGUCACAGCCUCUCAGAGAGCUGCUUAAACUAAAAAACGCAUGGAUGUGGGGUCCAGCACAGGAAAGGUCAUUUGAGAGUCUGAAGGCAGAAAUUGCUCAGUCUCCAUGCCUUAUGCAUUAA